AUGACCGAUCGCUACUACUCGAGAGCUAUUGCGUCGCUUCCGAAAACUGGGCUCUUGGAUCCCCAUGGCGGCAAUACAUUUGAGGGCCAUAAGAUCUCUGUCUUCAGACUGACGCCCUUCGAAAAAGGCUACAAUACCUGCCAGACGUACUUCAAGCCUUGCGUCAAUGGCAAGAUCCCUGGCACGACCAUCACGUGCACGCAGCCUACGUACUAUAGCAAGCCUGCAUUAAGUGACAUGACAAUGACCCUAUUUCGAAUGUGUUCUACCGAUGGUUGCGAGUGCAGACAAGAGUAG